ACACAGCCCUCCCCUCCAGUGUCAGUGAGCGCCGCUGCUCGCUCCGUGUAACCAGGAAGCCUCAGUGCUCGUGUGUCAGUGUCCGUGUCACCCAGUCGCGGCGCGUGUGUCACCCACAUCUCGUGCGCGUGUCACUGUCUCCCAGCGCCGGUCACAUGUUGCCGCCCUGCUCGGCUGGUGAAGCCGUUCUACUGACUUGCGGGCUGCGGGGAGAGCCUGAGCCGGGUUCAGCCCAGGAAUGUUCACCCUUUCAGAAGUUGCAUCGCUAAAUGACAUUCAGCCAACAUAUCGUAUUCUGAAACCAUGGUGGGACGUAUUUAUGGAUUAUCUGGCAGUUGUUAUGCUGAUGGUGGCUAUUUUUGCAGGCACCAUGCAGCUGACCAAAGACCAAGUUGUUUGCCUACCAGUUUUGGAAUCUGCUGUAACUCCAAAAACACCAAUCGUCUCAUCAAGAGAGAGCAAUAUACAUUUUUCUUCAAAAGCUGAAGAGACCACAACUCAGGAAAAGGAAACAUCAGAAGCUACUGCACUUCCAGAAGCAACCGAUGAUCCAAAAAUACCCUUGAUGAAACCAACAUCUCAGAUGAUUCCAAGUCCACCUCCAUUUCAACAUCAGGAAAAAGAGAUCAAAAAUACUGGAGGUCGGAAGACGAAUUUAGAUUACCAACAGUACAUUUUCAUUAACCAAAUGUGUUAUCAUGUGGCACUACCAUGGUACUCCAAAUAUUUUCCAUACCUUGCCCUUAUCCAUACAAUUAUUUUAAUGGUAAGCAGCAACUUCUGGUUUAAAUAUCCAAAGACCUGCUCAAAAAUUGAACAUUUUGUUUCCAUACUUGGUAAGUGCUUUGAGUCUCCGUGGACAACAAAAGCGCUGUCUGAGACAGCAUGUGAAGACAACGAAGAGAACAAGCAAAGGAUAAAUGUUGCUCAGUCUCUUCGUAAGAAUUUCUCUAAUAGCAGCGAGGAGGGAAGCCCUGGUCCCAAUACCCCGAUGAUAAACAAAUCUGGGCCAAAAUUUUCAGCCGACAAACCUGUUAUAGAAGUUCCUGGAAUGACAAUAUUGGAUAAAAAAGACGGGGAACAAGCCAAAGCUCUUUUUGAAAAGGUUCGAAAAUUUCGCGCCCAUGUGGAAGAUAGUGACUUAAUUUAUAAACUGUAUGCUGUUCAAACCGUUGUCAAGACUGUAAAGUUUAUUUUUAUUCUGUGUUACACUUUAACAUUUGUCACCGCAAUAUCCUUUAAACACACCUGCAAUCCCAGUGUUGAGCACCUUACGGGUUAUGUGGAAUUUGAGUGCACUCAUAAUAUGGCUUUCAUGCUUAAGAAGCUUCUCAUAAGCUAUAUUGCUCUUAUUUGUGUUUAUGGCCUUGUUUGCCUAUAUACAUUAUUUUGGCUCUUCAGAAGACCACUAAAAGAAUAUUCAUUUAAUAAAGUCAGAGAAGAGAGCAGUUUCAGUGAUAUCCCCGAUGUAAAAAACGAUUUUGCUUUUCUUUUACACAUGGUAGAUCAGUAUGACCAGUUAUAUUCAAAACGCUUUGGCGUUUUCUUGUCAGAAGUGAGCGAAAAUAAAUUACGUGAAAUAAGCCUGAACUACGAAUGGACGUUUGAAAAACUCAGACAACAUAUUUCUCGAAAUGCACAAGAAAAGCAAGAAUUGCAUUUGUUCAUGCUUUCAGGAGUUCCUGAUGCUGUAUUUGAACUGACUGAUUUAGAGAUUUUAAGACUUGAACUCAUUGCGGAGGCUAAAAUUACUGCAAAAAUUUCGCAAAUGACUGCUCUUCAGGAACUUCAUCUGUACCACUGUCCGGCAAAAGUUGAACAUACUGCAUUCAGUUUUCUGAGAGAUAAUUUAAAGUGCCUACACGUGAAAUUCACCGAUGUGGGAGAAAUUCCUGGCUGGGUUUUUGCGCUGAAAAAUCUGCGUGAGCUUUAUUUAAUGGGAAAUUUAAAUUCUGAAAACAAUAAGAUGAUUGGACUUGAAUCUCUAAGAGAGUUGCGCCAUUUAAAGAUCCUAUAUAUAAAAAGCAAUUUGACCAAAAUUCCAUCUAACAUCACAGAAGUGUCUCCACAUUUAACAAAACUUGUGAUUCAUAAUGAUGGUACCAAACUUGUUGUACUCAACUGCCUUAAGAAAAUGAUGAAUGUAGCCGAGUUGGAACUCCACAAUUGUGAAUUGGAGAGAAUCCCACACGCUAUUUUCAGCCUCGUCAACUUACAGGAAUUGGAUCUUAAGGCUAACAGUAUACGUACUAUAGAAGAAGUCAUCAGUUUCCAACACUUAAAAAGACUCGCAUCUUUAAAAUUGUGGCACAAUAAAAUUGUGAGUAUUCCUCAAUCGAUUUCCCAGGUAAAGCAUUUGGAAGCGCUUUACUUAUCCAACAAUAAACUUGAAUCCCUCCCGACAACGCUUUUUCAUUUACAGAAACUCAGAUUAUUGGACGUCGGUUAUAACUGCAUCUCUGCAGUUCCAAUGGAAAUCGGAUUACUACAAAAUCUUCAGCAUUUGUACAUUACUGGAAACAAGGUGGACAUUUUGCCAAAGACUUUGUUCAAAUGUGUGAAGUUAAGAACUUUGUGCUUGGGACAAAACUGUAUUAUUUCACUUUCAGAAAAGAUUGGACAGCUACUGCAGCUCACACAUCUUGAACUAAAAGGAAAUUGUCUGGAUCGCAUCCCACCUGAAAUAAUUCAGUGUCGCCUUCUUAAAAAAAGUGGGCUGAUAAUAGAAGAUCAUUUGUUCGAUGCUUUGCCUUCCGAAGUAAAGGAAGCAUUAAAUCAAGAUAUCAGCUUUUCUAACGGAAUAUAAGUAGCGUUCUUUUAACAAAUGUAGCCAUUUUGCUUUUCCUUUGUUGAAAGUAUUUUGGAUAAUAUUUGGACAUGGGCCAAAAUAUAUUGCACUAUUUUAUUUCUUCAAAAUCCAAUCCAACCAAGACAUUUCAUAACGGCUUUUUGGAUUAAACCAAUCUUUAAUGGCUCUAUUAUUAUUAUAAAACUCGAGUGAUUAAAGUGGUGAUUGUAAACGUUGACAUUUGAAUCCACACUAUAAAAGAGGGAAACUUUCAUUCAUAAAAAUAAUUAAAGAAGCUUCAUUCUUAAAAUAAUUACCAUUUAGUGAUUGUAAACAUCGUGCUGUUCCUCUGCCUGCAUCUCAUACCUUUUUUGUGUUCUAUGACAAAUCUGGCUUCAGCCAAUCGUUGCGUGCCCCACAAGCUGGAUGCCAAAGGGGGCACGAAGAGAUUGGCUGAAGCUGGAUUCGUCAUCAAAAAAAAUAAAGUAUGAGAUGUGGGCGGAGGAAUGGCGCAAUGUUUACAAAUUAAGUGUCUUUAAUUAUUUUUAUAAAUAAAAGUGCCCCUCUUUUUAUGAAUAAUUAUAAAUAGUGUGGAAUCAAAUGCUAAAGUUUACAAUCACUUUAAGUAUUACAACUGUGUUUUCCUUCUAGAUGAGCAUAGUUGGAUCAAUUUAAUAGUUCAUUUUCUUAUACAUGUGAAUUUGAGGAUACUCUAAUCGUAUGUUUACAAUUUAUUUGUUUGCUGAUUUCACUUUUUAGCAGCAUUUUGGUUUAGUUCAUUUCUUUUAAAAAGUAUGCAAUUCACAAAAGGGUAAAUUGGAUUAAAGGUUUUCUUCUAUAUAAAAUUAUAUAUUUAGGUUCCUUUUUAUCAUUAAAAAGUUAUUGCACAGAACACAUUCAAAUAAGAGAACUGAUUUGGAGCUAAAUUUAUUGCUUGAUAAACCUUUUUUAAAGGGACAUGAACCCCAAAAAUUUUCUUUUUGAUUCAGACAGAGAAUACAAUUUAAAAAAAGUUUUCAAUUGACAUCUAUUAUCAAAUUUACUUCAUGCUCAUGUUAUUCUUUGUUGAAGAGAUACCUAGAUCGGUAGUGUGCACAUACCUGAAGAACUACAUGACAGGAAAUAGUGCUGCCAUCUAGUGCUUUUGUUUAUGUAUAACAUUGUUGCAAAACUGCUGCUAUAAAGUGCAGCAGACACGUGCACGCUCUUGAACUUAACCUCCUGCUUUUCAAUAAAGGAUAACAAGAAAAUGAAGAAAAUUUGAUAAUAGAAGUAUAUUGGAAAGAUGUUUAAAAUUGUAUUUUCUAUCGGAAUCAUGAAAGAAAAAGGGGUGUUCUGUCCAUUUAAUAAGAGUGGAUGGGGAUGGGUAAGUGUCUGAAGUUUGACAAUUGAAUAGUGGAAAAAAGGUUCCCCUUCAAAUUUGUUCAAAUGUUUUUAUAGAACAAAUAUCAGCACUUGAAUAUUAAAUGCAACAAUCAAGUAUUACAUUUGGAUAUUGAUUCCCCUAGACUUACAUUGAAGCUUAAGAGAAGUAACAUUUUAAAUGCAACAUUUGAUAAUCAAAUGAAACGUAUGGUAAGCGGGGGGGGGGGGGGAGAACUUUUUUGACCAAAAUAAAUACUUAGUGUUUUGACAAUAAAAUAAAAGCAUAAAAUGAGUUAGCAAACAACCAUUAUAGUCCAAAAAUUUAUAGUGGAUAAUGAAUUAGAGCGUGUCAUUUUAAGACCCUGCACCUCCAUGUGUCUGAGCCAAUCAGCAGCAGUUUCUGUUCAGGAUCUGCAGUGCUCUGCGUAGUCUUAAAGGGACAUGAAACUUAACAUUUUUCUUUCAUGAUUCAGAUAGAGCAUACGAUUUUAAACAACUUUUUCAUUUACUUCUAUUAUCUUAUUUGCUUUAUUCUCUUGGUAUCCUUUAUUAAAGGAGCGGCAAUGCACUACUGGGAGCUGAGAACCAAUGAGGCAAGAGGCAUAUAUGUGUAGCAACCAAUCAGCAGCUUCUGAGUCUACCUAGGUAUACGUUUCAACAAAGGAUACAAAGAGAACAAAAUAAAUAAUAGAAAUAAAUUGAAAAGUUAUUUAAAAUUGCUUGCUCUAUCUGGAUCAUGAAAGAAAAAAAAUCAUCUGACAAGUAAACAGCUAAAAACUAGGGUUUUACCUAUAUUUUACAUGCAGUGGACUAGUAACCCUUUAGUGCCUAACUAACCUCCCCUUUCCUGACUGGUAAACCAUAACUUCCAGUUCCGACUAUUCCCAGUUGGCAUUUUUUGGUUAUGGUUUGAACUUAUGUAGCGGGUAGAUAAAUAGUAAUGAUUUGAUGAUUGAUGGCUCCUUGACAAAGGUUCUAUUAACUUACUGAAAUCUUGGAUUAUACAUUAAAGGGACAGUCAACACCCAUGAAAACUUUAUCCCAUACCUUAGAUCAACAACAAAAAAUUAGCCUGCACCGCAUC